AGAAGGUCUUAUAUUCUAGAAGAAGACACUCAUCAACAAUAUCAAAUUAGGAACAGUUGGAUUUCUUCCUUUUUAUGUAAUUUUGUUUCCUAGUCAGACGUGCUCCACCGGUAUAAUACAGUCUAGGUACACACUCAAUAUCUUCUGUUGGAAGAUGUUUCGAGUAACAGUUUUUUCAGGUACGAAAUUCAAUCAUGAUCGUUUGUAGAGCAUCGUGAAUCGAUGAGCUAUCAUCAGUAUUCAGUAACUUUACUUUCUAUAGUCCAAUCAUACAUAGUAGUUUCACUACUUCCUUGUCGUGCAUCGAUCAGCAUUCUUCGCGCACUCUUCGUCCCCUUCAGAUACGUGACCGAGAUGGCUAUGACGGAUCAAAUGUCAUGGGUGCCGCAUUGGGUUUUGGCGCAAAUAACUGAAGGUUUCAUCGGUUCUUACAUUGCCACAACAAUAGCCAAUUAUCGUUAAGGCUCAAUAUAUCUUAUUCCUACAAGCCAUUUCUCCUUAUUUCCUUCUUAGGAUUGGGAGAAAUAUAGGGAAGACUAAAUGAGUCGCUUUGCGCUCUAAUAUCGCGCGUAUGCCAAAAGGAAGAGGGAAAGGCGUGGGAGUAAGAUGAGGGAGAGCGCCGGGUGAUGGGUGGCGUGAUCAUGCUGACUCAGAAAGACAUCAGAUUUUAACCUCCUUUUUUUCUGCUGCAUAGGAAACAAGAUAAAACUUCGGGAGAAGUAGAUCAUGCACAUGUUCGCUUGAUGAUGCAGGUCACACUGUGGAAUGCGAGUCACUUCGUAUCCUAUCCUAUCCUACCGUCUAUGAUUCCUUUGGACAACUCCUCCUUUCUAGGAUUCCUUUGGACAACUCCUCCUUUCUACGAUUCCUCCUGUGAGUGUAAUUACUGUUGUAUAUCAUGCAAGCGAAUGAUCGGAAAUUUGUAUUUGAACUAUAUUCACUCUAGAAGUUGCAUUUGCAAAAACUAAGGGCAGGCGAUUUUGUGAGGUUUCAUCUCGAGCCAAGCUCUUACAAAAAGUAUAAGAUGAUAAUGGAUUGAUUGCGCUCAGCUGCCCUGACAGCAAUAUUCAGGAAAGAGACUCCAUUCCAGCCGGUCAUACAACUACCGCCUUUCUAGUAGCUCACAGUAAAAA